AAGGCUGCGGGCGGGUCUGGCCCUCGGCGGCGGAGGGUGCCAUGGUGGGUGGCGAGACGGUCGCAGCUGUGGAGGAGCUGGUUUCGGGGGUACGACAGGCGACCGACUUUGCCGAGCAGUUCCGCUCCUACUCCGAGAGCGAGAAGCAAUGGAAGGCCCGCAUGGAAUUCAUCUUGCGCCACCUGCCCGACUACCGCGACCCGCCCGACGGCGGCGGCCGCCUGGACCAGCUGCUGUCCCUCUCCAUGGUCUGGGCCAACCACCUCUUCCUGGGUUGCAGUUACAACAAAGACCUUUUAGAUAAGGUGAUGGAAAUGGCUGAUGGGAUUGAAGUGGAAGACCUGCCGCAGUUUACCACCAGAAGUGAACUAAUGAAAAAGCAUCAAAACUAAGGCAGAAGAUUCAUCACACUUUCAUUAUCAGCUACAGGCUAGAGAGGAGGACGGGACAAAUGUGACUUUGACCACAGAAGCUCUCUUAAGACUCCUGGCAUUACCAACACAAAGGAAAGAGGCAGUUGGAACGAAAGGGGUAUUUUAAAAUGUCUCAUUCUUUUAGUACCUAUCAUUCCAAAAGUAUUCAUAGAUAUUUAUGUAUUUAUAAAUCAUGCCCUUUUUUAGUUUUUGAAUAUCAGACUUUUUGUUAAAAUGUGUAUUUUUUUAUGUUGAUACAAUAAUGGCAGGUAAUGGACUUUACACUUUGGAUUUCUCAACACUGUACCUUUUAAGUGGAAUUCUGGUCUUAUGGUCUUUUUUCCCCACUGAGGCAAGCCAGAUCCCUUAUUUCCUAUUCUGUCUGGAGUUUGCGCUGCCCAUAUACUCCACUGCCCUGUGUACACUCAUCUUUUUAAAAGAUUUUUAUUUAGAGAGCGGGAAGGGAGAGAGAGGGAAACAUCAAUGUGCGAGAUACAUCAAUUGGUUGUCUCCUGCUCAUCCCUAACUGGGGACCUGGCCUGCAGUCCAGGCAUGCACCCUGACUGGGAAUUGAACUGGCAACCUUUAGGAUUGCAGACUGGCACUCAAUCCACUGAACCACACCAGCCAGGGCCACACACAUCUUUUUUUUAAGAGAGGAGUAAGAAUCAAAGCAUAGGCUUCAGGUACCCAUCAGCUCAUGCAGAGGCAGCCUACAAAAAUGUAUCAGACCUUAUUUUAAAACUGACUUGAGAUUCCAGUUUGGUCCAGGCAGCCAGUUGGUCUGUAGACUCUCUAGGUCUCCCAGCUGCUGAGUAAAGCCCACAUUUUCUUUUUCUGGAGGGAGCCUGAGGCUCUUAUCUUCUAUUAGACUUGAGGACUUGCUGAGCACAAGAAAUUGUUUAUUGCAGUGCUGCUGUGCUCCGAAAUGCUGGCACUAAUUUCCCCUUUUUAGUUAAUGUGUCUGUUCUCUACCCCCUUCCUUAUUUAGUAUCCACCAUUAAGUACUUAUCUCCAGACAUAAAUACUGAGAGAGGGACUUCAUUUAGGGGCAGCAAUGUAACAGUCACUCAGCAGGGUUCAAUCAUCCUGGUGUGUGAUCCUGGGGGCGCAGGUAAGACAGUGGGGUCCUGCCUUAGCUUGACCUACUGGUAAACCCAGCACUAAAGAGGAAAACUGGCUGUGGAAGCAGGGUGUCUGGGGCAGGGGAAGUGGGAUGAGUUGCCCACGGCUCAAGGCUAAGGCUGGCUCAAGGCUAAGGCCACCUUGGAUCGGCCUGGUCUCUGGGCAGCUUUUAGCCCUAAUCUGUAGCGACCAUCAGGGUGGACCCAGGGAAGAAACAAGAUCUCUAUAAUCUAUGCCCUCGGACAAGCCACUUUUCUCCCCGAAUAUUACCUGAAAAAUGGACUUCUUAGAAGUAUCUACUACCAAGAGAUGUGGUCAGGGUCAAGGUGUUAGAGGGCCAAGCACGUGCUUAACGAGCCUGAGCUCCAGUCUCUUUCCUUGCUGCUUAUCUACAAAAAUUUGUGAGGCUUAAAAAAACCCAAAUGAUAAAAUGGAAAAAUCAGAGCGUGGUUAUUCACUUUAAAAAAUGCAUUUUCUGUAAGUUUCUCAUGAUUGAUUCUGUUUUCUCUAUUAAUGUCCCAAUAAAUUAAUAAUACCGUUAUGAAUGUA